AAAAUGCUGGACGACUUUCAAAGAGAGAGACUAGAAGCUGAGUCUAAAGCCGAUAAAUUAGUCAAUGAUCUCUGUAUGGCUGUUGAACUUAAACGCUCCCUCCAAUCUCAAGAUCAAAUGAGGGAGAUUAAUGUUCAAAAAGAGGCUCUAGAACCUAAGACCAACCCUGAACCAUCCAAUCAUCAGGUGCCAGUUCUAGAAGAUUCACCAAGUUCUACACCAUCUCAGAAACCUGAGAGCAUAACAACUCUUGCUAGGGCUACUGUGGUGAUGUUACCUGAAUACCCUCCAAGCCAAGUCUCAACCGGCACAGUCGUACAUGAGGUGGAACCAACUGAGGGAACUGACUCAGAACCACCUACGCACAUUCAAGAAAAGGAGGAGGAAAUUUUGCCAACGGCAAUAAACGACCAUCUCCUUAAUUGUGUUGAAGACACACCUCCAGAGGAACCUGUUCUGGAGGAAGUAGAGCCCGUUACCUGCCCCCAAGAUACCAAUGUCCAAGUGUCUGAGCAGGAAUCUAUAGACAAGGAAUUAUUUUGCAUGGAAAAGCCAACUCCGCUUAUAGAAACCUGUGUACAUAAUGCUUCAUCUGAAGAUUCACACCAUACCUUCUUUGACUUCCUACUUGACGGGUAUGACUAUGUCUGCCCGAAGGAUGGUUGGAAUUUAAAGAGUUGGGAUGAACUUCUGGAGAGUGACGACGAGGACUCUUCCUUGGGGGAGGGUACGAUCAUAAUCAUCAAACCACAAAUGGAUAGUCAGCCAAUUGAAGACAAGGAAGAAAUCAAUCUUGCUACGAAGGCCAAUGAUGUGGAACAACUGAGGAGACUUCCGCCACCACCCACCUAUCUAGAGUCUCCUCCUUUUAUCCUGUUGCCGCCAAGCCGCAGGGACGAGUCAAGGAUCCUGGACCUUGACCGAGCGAAAAUUCAAACAGGGUGGCAUCAGAAGAGAGUCAAAAGGGCCAAACUUUAUGACUCUCGGAUCGGAAAGUCACGGAAAAAGUGGAUGGAUGUUGCUUGGAUGAUUCCGCAUGGAAACCGCCGCACAUUACAGAACCUGGAAGAGCUCCCCUUGCACUCAGAAGAAGCAAGGAAGAAGUUUCU